GCCGAGCGGGGUCCCAGGCCCGAGGGGUGCCAUGGGGGCCCCCCGGGAGCGGCGCGAGGUUCUGGCCGCCAUCCGGGCUGAGGUGGCCCGGCACGAGGGGGCCAAGGGCCACCUGAACCGGCUGGUGCGGCUCGUGGAGACCGUGCCUGAGCCCCAACUGCGCGGGAGCCUGGGCAGCGCCCUCAGGGCCCUCCGAGAGGCCUUGGUGAACAGCCAGGAGUGGACCCUGGGCCGCUCUAUCCCUGAGAUCCGCCUGGGGGUCCUCGGCAGCAGCAAGAGCGGGAAGUCGGCGCUCGUCCACCGGUUCCUUACCGGCUCCUAUGUGGGCCUGGAGCCCACUGAGAGUGGACAGUUCAAGCGGGAGGUGACGGUUGAUGGCCAGAGCCACCUCCUGCUCAUCCGGGAGGAGGCCGGCACCCCGGACGCACAGUUUGCCAGCUGGGCGGACGCCGUCAUCUUCGUCUUUAGCCUGGAGAGUGAGAGCAGCUUUGAGGAGGUGGCGCAGCUGCACGCGCUGCUCAGCGACCUCCGCGGCACCAGCGACGUGGCCCUGGCGCUGGUGGGCACCCAGGACAAGAUCAGCUCGUCCAGCCCGCGAGUGGUGGAGGACACACGCGCCCGGGCGCUCUGCGGGGACAUGCGGCGCUGCCUCUACUACGAGACCUGCGCCACGUACGGCCUCAACGUGGACCGGGUCUUCACUGAGGUGGCCCAGAAGGCCGUGGCGCUGAAGAAGCAGCAGCAGAUGAUGGCGUCCUGCAAAUCCCUGCCCAGCUCCCCGAGCCACUCUGCUGCCUCCACCCCCGUGGGAGGCGUCCACCCCGGCCAGACCAGCAAUGGUGGCCACACCAGCGACUACUCGUCCUCACUGCCAUCCACCCCCAACGUGAGCCACCGGGAGCUGCGCAGUGAGACCCCGGCCCCCCUGGGCACCCCCAGCUCGCUGCACCGCGGGGCCAAGCGCCGUACCAGCCUCUUCGCCACACGCCGUGGCAGCGACUCUGAGAAGCGCAGCCUGGACAGCCGCGGCGAGGUGGCUGGCAGUGGCCGUGCCAUCCCCAUCAAACAGAGCUUCCUGCUGAAGCGCAGCGGCAACUCCCUGAACAAGGAGUGGAAGAAGAAAUACGUGACCCUGUCCAGCAAUGGCCUCCUCUUCUACCACCCCAGCAUCAAUGACUACAUCCACAGCACCCACGGGAAGGAGAUGGACCUGCUCCGCACCACGGUCAAGGUGCCCGGGAAGCGCCCGCCCCGCGCCAUCUCUGCCUGUGGCCCCUCAGCCAGCAUCAACGGGCUGCUGCGGGACCCUGAGCCGGGCGCUGGUGUGCCCUCUGUGGGGCUGAGCCUCCCCCCCGAGCCGGGGCUGAAGGUGGUGGGCAAGGGGUCACUGCAGCGCUGCGCCUCCGCCUCCGGCGCCAAGCUCGCCUCAGAGUCCCCCUUGUCCUUCGAGGCCGUGUCCAGCCCUGGCAGCGCAGGCAGGGACCCUCCACCAUCACCACUGGUGGACAGGAAGAAGCACCGGCGGAAGAAGCUGAUGACGCCUUCCAAGACCGAGGGCUCGGGUGGGCAGGCAGAAGCCAAGCGCAAAAUGUGGAAAUUAAAAAGUUUUGGUAGUUUAAGAAAUAUUUAUAAAACAGAGGAGGAGAACUUUGAGUUUCUGAUCGUGUCAAGCACGGGGCAGACGUGGCACUUCGAGGCGGGCAGCUUCGAGGAGCGCGACGCGUGGGUGCAGGCCAUCGAGAGCCAGAUCCUGGCCAGCCUGCAGUGCUGCGAGAGCAGCAAGAACAAGGCACGCAUGGACAGCCAGAGUGAGGCCGUGGCCAUCCAGGCCAUCCGCAAUGCCCGUGGGAACUCGCUCUGCGUGGACUGCGGGGCACCCAACCCCACGUGGGCCAGCCUGAACCUGGGUGCCCUGAUCUGCAUCGAGUGCUCGGGCAUCCACCGCAACCUGGGCACGCACGUGUCGCGUGUGCGCUCGCUGGACUUGGAUGAUUGGCCCCGGGAGCUGACCCUGGUGCUCACGGCCAUCGGCAACGCCACCGCCAACAGCAUCUGGGAGCAGAACCCUCGUGGCCGCUGCAAGCCCACCCACGAGUCCUCCCGGGAGGAGAGGGAAUCGUGGAUUCGUGCCAAGUACGAGCAGCGGCUGUUCCUGGCACCGCUGCCCGUGGCUGAGGCGCCGCUGGCCGAGCGGCUGCUGGAGGCCGUGCGAGAGCAGGACCUGCCCACGGUGCUGCUGCUGCUGGCCCACAGCCACAAGGACCAGCUCAACGUGGCCAUGGCAGACACGGAUCGGCGCACAGCGCUGCACCUGGCCUGUGACACCGCCCAGGUGGUCGUCACCCAGCUCCUGGUGUGGUACGGGGCCGAUGUGCGGGCACGGGAUGGCCACGGCCGCACCGCGCUGUUCUACGCCCGCCGCGCCGGCAGCCGCGAGUGCGCGGACAUCCUGCUGCAACACGGCUGUCCCGGAGAGGGGCCCGGCAGCCCCCCGACCCCCGGCAGCCCCCCGAUCCCGGGCCCUCCCACCCCCGGCGGUCCCCCGACCCCCGGGCCCCGCCGCCGCAGCAGCUGCGCCAGCGUGGGCCCCUGCGAGCCCCGGUCCGCCCUCGUAUAG